CGCAGGCUGUGGCGGUGCCGCGGCGCAGCGCUGCACCGCAUGCCGCGCGCGUGGCUGCGGCGCCUGCUGCACGCCGUCACGGCGCCGCGCGGACAGCUCUGCGCCACGCGCCGGAGCGCCGGCGUGCCCUUCAUGAUACAGGCGCUAGUAACUAGUGAAGUGCAAGCCCUCGGCAGUUCUCGAUGUUUCCACGAUUGCGUUACGCAACUCAUUCAACGCUGUAGCACAAAUUUAACAAAAGAAAGCAUACAGCAAUCUACAUCAGAGGCAGAAGAAUCUAGAAGGAUAAAGGAAGAUGUAGAGUUGUGUAGUGAGACGGAAGAGGCGGAGGUGUGGGCGCGGUGCUGCAACGUGUUGCGCGCGCUGGUGCGCGGCGCGGCGCUGCAGGCGGCGGGCGCGGCGCACGCGCAGGACGCGCUGCUCGCCGCGCUGCACGGCUUCCAGCGCCGCAGCUGGACGGAGCGCAACUCGGCGACGCUGCUGCUGUCGGCGCUGGUGACGCGCACGUUCGGCGUGACGCGCGCGCGCGGCGGCGAGGCGCUGGCGCUGCGCAACAAGAUGACCGGACGCAUCUUCUUCCUGCGACAUCCCAGGCUCUACGACUACAUGCUGGAAAAGCUCCAAGAAAUGAGUGAUAGUGGAAACGAGCAGAACAUCCACCCAUCACUGUACCCGAUACUGCUGCUCCUAGCUCGCCUGUAUCCCUCCUCUCUGGAGGGCACCGUCUCUAACCUUAAGCUGGUGGCGUUCGUCCCGCACGUGUUGUCGUGUGCCAAGAGUAGCGUGCUGAAGACGAGGCAGCUGGCUGCCAAGGCCAUGGUGCCUUUGAUAUCGCCCGAACAAUACCUGACCCAUAUAGAAUCAAUGUUCACCAUUCUCCACGACAUGAAUAUAAAGCGUAACUACUGCCACGGGAUCCUCCUGCAGUUGAUAAGGUUACUGGACGCGAAACCCGACGUCAGUAUAGACAGUGCUAUGGUCGAUAGACUCGCGCGCAGUGUCGAUGGCAGUGUGUGGGUGUUGGAGCAAGGUGCAGGACACACGCCUUGCUAUGUCAUUGUAGAUGAGUGGGUAAAAGUGGUCAACUUGUUGGUUUGGAGAUUCCCAACAGUUUUAAAAGAAGAAACCAUAAUAAGAAUCCUUACAUUACUACCAAUUUUAAUUUUCAACGAUAAAAUACCGCACAUAACAUCAGGCAGAGAAGUGUGUCUGGCCAACGCACUGUAUUUAUAUCUCAUUAUACUGACUAAACUUGAUAAAAUAGAUAUAAUUUGUGAAGAAGUGUUAAAGGCUCUUAAACACAAGUCCUACGACGUUGUGUUAGCAGCUUUGAAUUAUCUGUUAAUACAACACGCGAGUCUAGAAACGGAAAACAAGUUUCAAGAACAUUUAUCAGAAAUUAAUCAUGAUAAAGUACUGUUAAAACUUAAAAACAACGAGCGAUACUUAAAACUAUUGUGCGAAAUAAUGAGAACUGCAAAAUAUUUGGAAUGUAAGCAGAAGUGUUUGAAAGUUCUGACGAUAGAGGGCGACACGCAGCGAGCGAUUGUCGAUAUCGAUAGUGAAAACGAUUUUUCUAUCGACCUAAUUUUUGGAAAAUUAUUCGAAUGUAUUGACAAUUCGCAUGAAAAUUUAACACAUAUUUAUUUAGAGAGCCUGUCUCAAUUUGUUACAAAACAUUUAGACCAGUUAAAUUUGGCCCUUAUUACGGAGUUUGUAAGGACUUUAUUCAAUCAUAGCACUCCCGAUAAUAAGGACGAGAAUCGAAGUGUAGUGGUUGGAUUCUUGGAGAAAAAUGCUACGCGGUUAAUCAAUUUGGAUUUGAGUGGAUUGAGCAAAGAAAACCAAUUUGAAUACACAGCCACACUCUUCGCAACGCUAAUAACGACUCUAGAAGAUGACAGUGACACACUGCGCCAGAGAACGGCAAACACAAUUCUGUCCGUACUAGGAAUGAACUCUCGCCUCAUAUCAAGCAAAUGUGCGGAAAUACUCACGGACUAUAUGGAGAGAUAUGAAGAUAGUGUAGCAUUGUAUGUGCUGGUGGCAUUGCUCGACUUCCGGUCUGAAGUGUGUCUCACUGAUGAGCUUAAUGAUGAGUGCCGAGUCUUCGAUCAGAAUGAGCGAUACAACAUAUUUUUAGAAGAGACAAUGUGGACGAAUGAGUGUGCAAAGAAGAUUAUAAAGAUGCACAACAAUGGCUCAAAAGUUAUCGAUAACGUCUUAUCGAUUAUUGAUAAUCCGAUAUACACAAGUACUUACGACAAAUUAUGCAACAAUAACAUUGUAUUGUUCAAGAAGAUGAUGGAAGAAAACGAACAUAAAGAUGAUGCGAUAAAUCCUAAAAUUCGAUUAUUUAUUAACAUGUUAAGUUAAAUACCUAGGAUUUAUUUUUAGCUAAUUAUAAACGAUGCGCAACAUUUGCCACAAGAAAAGUUUGUAUGCCAGCAAUAUCGAUUAAAAUUCCAAGAUGACGCGCAUCAUAUUCUGAAUUUUCUAGCAAACUGACGGGUUGAGUAUGGUGUUGUCAAACAUGUUGAGCAGCAUGUUACAUAUGGGGCAUUCCACGUGAAGCGGGCACGAAAAAAAACUCGAUGUC